GCAUCGCUUAUUCCAAAAAGCAGCAAAAGCCGGUCUCUGACCCUCCCAAUCCAAGCGCUCGCUCCCUUGCAUGCGCAUAAAUUCCACAAAUAGAGAUAUCCCUCUCGGAGUUCGCUGUCUCCGUCGGCCCAAAAAAAAAAAAAAGUUGCAGUCUCCGGUCUUGGUUUCUUCGGGGAAACCAGAAGUUGCUUCUUUGACCCAGUCCCUCAUGGAAGUUCAAACCCACACCGUGUCCGGUUUUGACCUUCAGUCUAAGUCGCCAUUCUCGUACUCCCUCAACUCCAUGGGCUUACCCACUCCCGACAUUCAUGCCGACGAACUCAAGCCCUCCGAUAUUCCCGAUUCUUCAUGUCCGAUCCGUCCGCUAACUGAUAACUCUGAGCUUAAAGCCUCCCCUGUGGUUUCUCCGGCGCUGGAUGAUCUUAAACCCGACCGCUCUGAAAUGCCUUUCGCCCCCAAUGGCGGGAAGGCUUCGCCGGUGCCUGACGGGAGAACAACGGCCCCUGACGGCGAAGAUGGUGUGGGUUUGGGAACUGGACCCACUCAGCUGUCGGUGUCGCCAAAUGCGCCGGCGGGCGCGUGUCCCCAGACUAGUGCUGUGGUGAAGUUGCAGAAGGUGUACAGGAGUUACCGCACCCGGCGAAGGCUGGCGGAUUCUGCUGUUGUUGCUGAGGAAUUAUGGUGGCAAGCGAUAGACUUUGUUAGGCUCAAUCGCAGCACGAUUUCAUUCUUCAGUUUACCUGAAACUGCUGCAGCACGGUGGAGUCGGGUUAGAUUGAAUGCUGCCAGGGUGGGCAAGGGUUUGUACAAAGACGCUAAAGCACAGAAGUUGGCCUUUCAGCAUUGGAUUGAAGCUAUUGAUCCACGCCAUCGGUAUGGGCAUAACUUACACAAGUAUUAUGACGAAUGGUGUAAAACUGAUGCUGGUCAGCCAUUCUUUUAUUGGUUGGAUGUUGGAGCAGGGAAGAAUUUUGAUCACCCGGAGUGUCCCCGAUCAAAGCUUCGAAAGCAAUGCAUUAAGUACCUUGGACCUCGAGAAAGAAAACAUUACGAAUACACUGUGGAGGAGGGCAAGAUCGUCCACAAGCAAUCUGGAGAUCUCCUUCAUACAAAAAAAGAUUCUGAAAGUGCCAAGUGGAUAUUCGUAAUGAGCACCGCUAAGAAACUCUAUGCAGGCGAGAAAAAGAAAGGAUUAUUCCACCAUUCUAGUUUCCUUGCUGGAGGAGCUACGUUAGCUGCUGGUAGGCUAGUUGCUGAGCAUGGUAUUCUCAAGUCCAUCUCUCCUUAUAGCGGACAUUACCGGCCAACAGAUGACACUCUUGACAGUUUCCAAUCGUAUCUCAAGGAAAAAGGCGUUAAGCUUGAUGAAGUUGAGAUACACAAGGCAAGUGAAGACUCUGAUAUGUACGAGGAUGGGAAGCUUAUUGAAGGAGUAACAUCUGAAGCAUCAAGCACUGCUGAAACACCGGAGACCGAAAUUUCCGAGGAAGCCGAGCAAGGAAAGGAAGAGGCACGACCUCAAUCUGGAGGUAGUUAUCAAAGGACCCUGUCUGGUGGCCUUCAGAGCCCAAGAGCCGAAGUGCCCGAGAUAGCUAUAUUGCAAAGAAUCAAUUCCAAGAAAGCUGCAAAGUCCUACCAGUUGGGGCACCAAGUUUCUCUCAAAUGGUCAACGGGAGCUGGGCCCAGGAUUGGUUGCGUGGCGGAUUAUCCUAUGGAGCUCAGAGUUCAGGCCUUGGAGAUGCUCAACCUUUCUCCCAAAUGUCCACCCACCCCUUCGUCUUGCCGGCGUAUUGGAGCGCUUCUAUCACCGCCACCUUGUCCCACGCCUCGCAGCACUAGAGGCAGCGAUGAUGCGACUUGUGGCGUUGGAGCCACCACUAAAGAGUGAAAAGACCUCAGUCACGCUUCUUCUUAGCCUAAUAACUAAUAAGUGCUUUAGGUUCACUGCUGUGGGGCUGUGGUAGGCAGGUGCUUUAUAAAUGUAGCAGAUAUAUAUGUCCUUGAAUGCCACCUCAACUUUUAAUGA